AUAAACCACCCUCUCCCUACGUAUUUCAUGCACUCACACAAAGGACCCUGGUUGGAUAAACUGGUGAACUCAAGUGGGUUCGAGCUAUUCUCGACAAUGGCAUCGCGGAACGGUCUUGUGUUCGAGGACUUCUUCCCGGCAAUGGUGGAGAAGCUUGGGGUGGACGGGUUCAUGAAGGAGCUGAGCAACGGCUUCAAUCUGCUGAGGGACAGCGACAAGGGCGUGAUCACCUUCGAGAGCUUGAAGAAGAACUCGGCGCUGCUGGGGCUGGAAGGGAUGCGGGACGACGAGCUGAGGUCGAUGCUGCGAGAGGGCGACCUGGACGGCGAUGGGGCAUUGAACGAGAAGGAGUUCUGUGUGCUCAUGUUCAGGUUGAGCCCCGAGUUGAUGAAGGAUUCCGAGGAGCUUUUGGAGGAGGCCGUCGUCGAAAAUUAUUUGUAGGUCUGGUAUUUGUUGAUCCGUGAAAUUGGAUGUCUAGGCUAUUCGAGCUGAUUGAGGUGUAAUGUUCGUCGACUCUUGUGGAAUUCUAUUGGUCGUUUGCCAUAUCGGUCUACAUUCGCUGUUCAUAUGGUACCUCAUUUGACACUAGUCAAGAUCUGCUAUUACAAGGCA